AGCUGAUUCUUGUUAUGACUUUUGACUUUGACACUUUUUAAAAGGUCUUUUUCAUUUAAUAAAGGAUUUAAAAAAAAACUACAAAAAUGUCUAACGAAGUUGAAGAAACAAUGAAGCGGAUCCAGUCCCAUAAAGGUGUCGUUGGAACGAUAGUGGUGAACUCCGAAGGUAUUCCGAUCAAAACGACGUUAGAUAACACCACAACCGUUCAGUAUGCCGGCCUAAUAAGCUCGUUAGCUGACAAAGCUAGAAGCGUAGUCCGAGAUCUGGACCCCUCAAACGAUUUAACGUUUCUAAGGAUCAGAUCGAAGAAGCACGAGAUCAUGGUGGCUCCCGAUAAAGAGUUCAUAUUGAUCGUGGUCCAAAACCCGACAGAUUGAUUCUUUUUAGAUUAUGUUCCUAAUUUAUUUUAUUUUUCUAUGUUAAUAUGCAUUUUUGUCUUGUUCUGUUACCGCGUAAUUUUUAUUAAAAACAUACAGAAAGAGUCGAGAUAAAAUAAAAUUUAUACAAACUUACCUAAAUUUUUGCUGUACACAUUUUUAUAAUAACUAGCACUUAGUGCACUAACACAUUUAAUUACUUAUUUUUUAAAAUUUCUGUGUUUAUAUCAUCUAUAUUUACGAAUAAACCUUUUAUUUCUA